AAUACGCAUGAGGAAGAAAAACUAACUUUUGCUCGGUAUAGAGCGCAUCUUUCUGUUUUGACGGACUGUUGGAUCGGGCUUGUUUUUGGAUACAAUGACCACGGAUGAUCGAUAAGUGCUGAGAGAAACUCGUGCUGGUCAUUAAUUAUUGAUAGAUCGGUGUGCGGCGGCGGGGAUGCGGGAGCGCCGCCGCAGCGGCGGGGAUCGCGGGCUGUGAGCGGGGAGUCGCCGGCGCGAUGCCUGCGCGCUGUGAGAGCGUUUCCAGAGGAGCCGGAGGAGAGGAUGAGGGAGGAUGAGGACGGGGGGACAGGGACGCCGAGCGCAGGCACAGGUGGAAUAUAAUGAAGUUGAGUGGGAGAGGACUGUGCACCGUGUUCUCCAGCACCCUCCUGUUCGUGUGCGCCCUGAGCGAAGUGGUGGUCGGACUGCGGUGCGUCUCUCUGGGCUCCGGGGUGAAGGCGCAGUUCCGCCUGGGCGCCGCGGCCGGAGCUUUCUACUCCGGGAUCCUGGUGGGCUUCGGCCAGGUCCUGCUGGGCUCCGCGCUGCUCUGCUGCACGGAGAAACCCGGCUGCAGGAAUUUCUUCCUCCUGGGGGUCGUGGUGUUCCUGCUGGGGGUGCUGACCGCCUUCUCCGGCGCGGUGGUGGACGGAGACACGGCGUCUCUGGUGGAGAGGAAAUUCUCCCACUACUGCUUCCACUCCAUGUUCUUCAACCCCGCCUGCGAGCAGCUGCGGGACUACCAGAGGAGUCUGGUGAUCUCCACGGUGCUCAGCACCCUGGAGUGCCUGCUGGGGCUGCUCAACCUGCUGAUCAUCAAGCGCUACAAGGCGGCGCAGUUCUCCCGCAGCCGGCAGGCGCAGCGCGCCGGGGGCGCCCUGGGCGAGGACCGCUCCUGCUCCUCGCAGGGCUUCCAGCCGGUGUCCUACAUCAACCUGGGGGUGUUCACCGUGUCUGACGAGACGGGAGCCGAGGUGCGCUGCGGGGGACACCCCUCCAUCGAGCUGCCGGGGUACUCGCCCUCGGACCCGGAGCUCAACCGCAGCUUCCCCUUCUCCUACCCGGUCCCCGGAGAGCUGCCGCCCGCAUACGAGGACAUCUUCCCCAUGCAGGCAUGCAUAGACACAUAGCUGCACCGGUGGGCUCCUCUCUGCCGUGACAAUCAGUGACAUCCAUGCUUAAACUUACCCUUACCCUCCAAUACGCACAACCAACAAACAGAAGGAA